AUGCCAAAACCGCCUUCUGAGAUAGCUGCUCCAGGCGUGCUUGCUUAUCCACAAGACCAACAAGCAGUGCAAGUACCUGUAACUCCUGUAACCCCUGUAACGCCUGUAACACCAGUAACCACAGAGGCUGUAAUGUCUCUACAUAACUUAAUCAAACAGGAUGCGCAUGCAGGGACGAGCAGAGCACACAACGCCUGCAAAAGUACGUACAGAAGCUCGCGAGUGCAGCGAAGAUAUCCCUUGCAAAACAAACGCUCCUUCAAGAUCAAAAUGCAUUCUUGA